AACCGCAACUACCAACGGACUUUGGAUGAAGAAGCCACACACCGCCAAGCACCCGUGGAUCUGUCCGCACUGCAUGAGGACACAAGCACAUUGGAUGAACACUUGGAUGGCCAACCUGAACUGCCAGAUGCAAGUCAUGCAACCUUUGACACCAUAGAUCCAGAUGAUAUAUAUUUUGCUGGUGCAGCAGCCAUGGGCCCAUCCCAAGACGAUCUCCCCAAGACAUUACUGGAAGCUUUUAUCUGCCCGGAUGGAGGAUUAUGGAAA